UAGACCGCGGUGAGGAUCUCCGUCGUCCGGGGGCGACGAGACGCGGCACGCGGAGGUUCGAGCAUCUCCGAGCCGCGGACUCACACGUGAUAUCGUCGUGCGGGAGUGCGCGCCUCGUUUUAGCCGCGCGACGACGACGACUACGACGUCGGACUUCCUGUCUGUUGGCCGCUCGCCGAGCGAGAGCGAAGCGUCGGUUUACACGUAAUAACGCGCGCAAAACCGCUGGAAAACCACCGCGAGAGAUGCGGCUCUCCUCGAGAGAGGAUCUGGGAUAAUUCGGCCGGCGUUGAUCGUCAUCGAGGACCAACCACGGUAUGGCGGUCGACAUUUUGGACGAGGAUCAUCUCGCCGUGAGCGCGAUCGUGACCAUCGGUAUGCAGCUCAUCUUCUUCACGAUCGCGGCCACCUUCCAGCUGGAUAAACUGACGGACUUUGCCGGCGGUACCAACUUCAUCAUCCUCGCUCUCCUCACUUUCUUUCUCGGUCAAGUGGGCAAGACAUACGACAGCCGACAAGUUAUGGUAACUGUGUUUGUGUGCCUGUGGGGUGUGCGGCUUUCCGGAUACCUCUUAUAUAGAAUAAUCAAGAUAGGUCGUGACAAAAGAUUCGACGACCGUCGUAGCAACGUGAUCCGUUUCGCCGUGUUCUGGACAUUUCAGGCCGUGUGGGUGUACGUUGUUAGUCUGCCUGUGAUAAUAAUCAAUUCUCCACGUCACAAAAUACCGCCCGCUCCGAAGACAAUGACGACCCUUGACAGCGCCGGUACAGGUCUUUUUUUGAUCGGUUUGCUGGCCGAAACCUACGCAGAUCUGCAAAAAUUCGCCUUCAAGCAGGAUCCAAUCAAUAAUGGCAAAUGGUGCAACGACGGACUUUGGAGGCUCUCACGACAUCCAAAUUAUUUCGGCGAAAUCGUUGUCUGGUGGGGAAUCUUCAUAAUAUCCUUAAACGUUAUUGAAGGAGCAGAAUGGGUGGCUAUCGCUUCUCCGAUCUUCACCACGUUUAUUAUUUUAUUCCUAUCGGGGAUGCCGUUAUUGGAAAAAGCGUCAGAUGAGCGUUAUCGGGAUAACGCUGAAUAUCGCUACUACAAGCAAUCCACAUCGCCACUGAUACCGAUACCACCAGCCAUCUACGUCGAGGUGCCACGUUUCCUCAAGUUCAUCUUGUGCUGCGAAUUCCCUCUGUAUGAUUCCCUGGAUGUGAAGCCGCGAUCAGCUGUCACCGAGUCAACGUCCAUCAGCCUCGCCGCGUCCACGUAGCUGUAGCCACACGCCGGACGAUCGAAUUCAGAGUCCGGCGUGCAAUUGACGAUUACGACAGCCACGACCAGCACAGCCUUUUAAAGUGUUACUUUACCUCUCUUUCGCUGGUCCCUGUCUAUCCGUGAAAAGUACGAUCUCGAAGACCGAAUCGUAUAUAAUUUCCAAUACAAUGUUCUCUCUCGAAUUGAUGUCGGUGCUUCAUAAGAGACGUACGUAGAUCUGCUCGAUCCAGCAUAAAAAAUUCGAUGUACGAGCACCGUUUUGAACAGGUCGCUCUUCAAGAUGGAAAGGCUUAAGACGAAGUAUUAUUAUUUUUGUAACUAAAAGACUUUUCUGGCGAGAAGCGUAAAUGGUACCGGCGACUUUUUGUAUAGGAUCAAAUGGUGAAUGAAUAUAAAAAAGAAAAAUAAUUAUUUUUGUAGCGAUGUUAUAUGGGUAUCAAUGUAAAAAGAAAUAGUUUGUCGACCAAUUUGCAAGUAUCGUUCCUAUACGACAAGUCAUCAAUAGUGAUUUCAUUAGCAAUUUGAUAGCAAUUUCAUUUCAUUGCAUGCAUUUAAACUCUUUGUUUUAAAUAUACAGAAUUAACUUGGAAAUCGAUAUACGAUAUAAUUUGUACAUCCAAAGUAAUAUCUAGACUUUAAGCCGUGUAAAAAGUGUAUCUUAAAUUGUAUAAAUGAAUAAUAUUAUAUUGUUCUAAAGAUAUAGAACUUUUGCCAAAGUAAAAUAUUAGGCUGUCGUUAUCCAUAUUUGUUGUUAACGAAAAAUAUGUAUCUUAAAUAUUACGAAAACAAAAUUUCAAGAGAUUCGAAUGUAAUGUGUUGGAUAACACGUAUGUUUUAAAAACUAAUAGCAAUUUCUGAAAUCAAUCUGUCGUGUGCGAUUGGAAAGGAGAUUCGAUGUGCGCAUUUGUUAAAGACAAAAUAAUAAUUGGCAGAAACAGAGAUUAGAAGGAGAAAAAGAAUUAUAUGUAUAGUUAUCUCCAAUUCUCGCAAUUAGAAAUUAUGGAAUAAGUAAUAUUUAUCCAAAGACAUCAAUGAUGAAUGUAACAAAAUAAAAUGGUCAGUUACCUCGUCAUAAUCGCUAUGCAUUCCGUUGUUUAGUACAUCACAUAGGAUGCUUGCGAAGAAAUUUUAGGCGCAAUACAAAUGUGAUACAUUUACGUGUACGAAUUCUUGUGUCUCGUGGCUUUCAAUCGAAUUAUUCAAUUGUAGCAAUAUUAAACAUAUCUCUGUGCGAAAUAGAACGUCCUUAAAAUAUGAGAUAUCUGAAAAAAAAAUUAAUUAUGAAAGAAAAUCUAUAAAGCAUAUAUAGGAAUAAUAAAAAUUGAUGCGAACGAAAUGCGGAUCCCUUACGGAUUAAAUAAUCCAAAUGUUACUUCUCUCUACUUUACUAUUAUGUAAGUCUUCAAAGUUUAGAUAAUAAAUCACUUUUGAUUCUCCUCA